AUGAUUUUGAUGGAAGGUGUCAUCACAUGUCUCCAAACCAAAUGCGUCUCUCUCCCAAUUCGUCCAUCCCCACUUUCUAGGGUUUCUUCACUUUCUCAGUUGAGGAACCGUAACCUCGUCUCGUCAUCGCGAUCGAUUCCUCAGAGGACCUUGUGCGUUUCAUCUUCGAGCUCAGAUACUUUACUCGGCUCACCAAAGGAAGACGAGACGCAGAGCAAGAAAGUAUCGAGCAAGAAGGAAGGAGAUGAGUCAGAGGAUUUGAAGAAUUGGUUGGAUAAGAAUGGUUUACCUCCUUGCAAGGUAUUGCUCAAGGAGAGACCCGCUCAUGAUCAAAACCAUAAACCUAUACAUUACGUUGCUGCUAGCGAGGAUCUUCAGAAGGGUGACGUGGCGUUUUCAGUUCCAGAUUCUUUGGUGGUCACACUUGAAAGAGUGUUGGGAAACGAGACUAUUGCUGAACUGUUGACGACGAAUAAAUUGUCUGAACUGGCUUGCCUAGCUUUGUAUUUGAUGUAUGAGAAGAAACAAGGGAGGAAAUCAGUUUGGUAUCCUUAUAUAAGAGAACUCGAUCGUCAAAGAGGACGAGGUCAGUUAGAUGUGGAGUCUCCGUUGCUGUGGUCUGAGGCUGAGUUAGAGUACUUAACUGGCAGUCCAACGAAGGCUGAAGUUCUUGAGAGGGCUGAGGGGAUUAAAAGAGAAUACUCGGAGCUUGAUACUGUCUGGUUUAUGGCUGGAUCUUUGUUUCAGCAAUACCCAUUUGACAUACCAACUGAAGCUUUUACUUUUGAGAUUUUUAAACAAGCAUUUGCUGCUGUUCAGUCCUGUGUGGUGCAUCUACAAAAUGUCAGUUUGGCUCGUCGGUUUGCUUUGGUUCCUCUUGGUCCUCCCUUGUUGGCAUACUGUUCCAACUGCAAGGCAAUGCUCACUGCUGUUGAUGGUGCUGUUCAACUCGUGGUAGAUAGGCCAUAUAAGGCUGGUGAUCCUAUAGUUGUCUGGUGUGGGCCACAACCUAACGCGAAAUUGCUUCUGAACUAUGGAUUUGUUGAUGAAGAUAACCCUUAUGAUAGAAUAAUCGUUGAGGCAGCGCUGAGCACCGAUGAUCCUCAAUAUCAGGACAAGAGACUGGUUGCUCAAAGGAACGGGAAGUUAUCCCAACAAGUUUUUCAGGUUCGUGUGGGAAAAGAAAAAGAAGCUGUUCAAGAUAUGCUUCCCUACUUGCGACUGGGUUACAUGUCUGAUCCUGCUGAUAUGCAGUCAGUUAUUUCGUCUCAAGGUCCAGUUUGUUCAAUGAGCCCUUGCAUGGAAAGAGCAGUACUAGAUCAGCUUGCUGAUUACUUCAUGAGACGCUUGGCUGGCUACCCUACCACCCUGAAAGAAGAUGAUGCAUUGUUGGCAGAUCCUAGUUUGAAUCCUAGGAAGCGAGUUGCCACACGGCUUGUCAGAUUGGAGAAGAAAAUGCUAGCUGCAUGCCUUGUGGCAACAGUUGAUUUGUUAAAUGAGUUGCCGGAUACAACCAUCUCUCCAUGCCCAGCACCCUAUGCUCCUUCCUUGAAAUAA